AUGUCGACCAUCCCUGUACCCCAGGACCUGCUGGACGGGAUAUCAGGCUCUCUAGCCAUAGAGGGUGACAAACGACAAAUGAUCCUUCUCGCCUUUAUCGGCCUCUCAUUCUACAAUGUUGCCGAACUAGUGAUUUUAGUACCAGGAACAUUCCGACGCUGGCGUGGAUUGUACUUCUGGUCACUAUUGAUCUCCGGCUGCCUAGGCGUAAUGCCAUAUUCGCUAGGCUUCUUAUUGAAAUUUUUUACGCGGGCUGAUUCCAUUCUUUCCGUGACCAUUUUGACCAUUGGAUGGUGGAUAAUGGUGACAGGACAAUCCGUUGUCCUAUACUCGCGGCUACAUCUUGUGCUACGAGAUGAGCGAAUCCUGCGCAUGGUGUUUCGCUUGAUCAUCGCCAACGUGUUCUUGUUGCAUGUUCCAACUACGAUCUUGACGUACGGGGCGAAUAUCGUACACACCGGUGAGAGGUCUUGGGUGCGUGGGUACAAUGUUAUGGAGAAGAUACAAUUGACUGGGUUUACGAUCCAGGAAAGUAUACUCUCAACGUUGUACGUCAUUGAGACAGUGAAAUUGCUCCGACUAGGAGCAGAUGUAUCGGUGCGACCGGACACGCGAAGCAUUAUGUACCAAUUGAUUGGAAUAAACUGCGCGAUUGUCGGGAUGGAUCUGCUGCUGUUGAGUUUGGAGUAUGCGGAUUUUUACGCAGUACAGAUUACACUGAAGGGCUUUGUGUACUCGCUGAAACUCAAGCUUGAGUUUGCGGUAUUGGGUCGGUUGGUUGAUCUGAUUCAGGGAUCUAGACAUCCCAUUUCUGUUGCUAUCGCAGAUACGCUUCCUCUUUGUUCAAUGUCAAGGUCACCUGAAACGCGGGAUCAGAGUGAGGAUCCGUGUGAGGAGACUGAGCCCAAGGACUUCUUGGCCGGGGAAGGGGGUCGAAUUGUUCAGAGGAGAAUGUUUUCCGAGGACGAGAGGAGUGGUGUAUAA